AUGUUCUGUGGUCUUCCCAUACCAUUCCAGUCCCGAUCGGGGCACAACGCCAGCACCAUGGAGCCACGGAAGAUAAACAAGCUACGAAGGAAGCAAAAGAAGGUACAACUAGCUUCGAGUAACCAGUUUCAGUACCAGGGAAAACCUCCCAAGGGCCCUGCAAGGACAUGCAACAAUAGUACGAGCCCGGAACCGAUUACGCCUGGGAAUGGCCCGCGUCCUUCACAUUCCCACCCCCAGCUCACGCCUAGAGGUGCCAUGGUAGAAGACGCGCCAAAAGAGCAAGAUCUUCAACCUGAUGACCGUUCUGCUACCGCUACCGAGGCGGGGACUCAACAGCCCACAAAAGCUUCCACAACGCCCAACAUGGGGAAACCCCGAAUGAUGACACCGAGAAUAAGGAGCGUAAUAGUGCGAAGCCGCACAGCGACCGGUCCCAGAUACAGGUACCGCCAUUACGUCGUGCGGCAGUCGUUACCGAGUACAUCCGAGCAAAGAACGACAUAG